AUGUCUCUCUUCUUUUCUCAUAUCUCAAUAUGUCAAUUUCUUUCUUUUAUCUAUCUCUCUAUUUAUCUAUCUAUCUAUCUAUCUAUCUAUCUAUCUAUCUUAGCUUAUUCAUAUCUCAAUCUGUCCGCUUCUAUCUAUUUAUCUAUCUAUCUAUCUAUCUAUCUAUCUGUCAAUUUCUUUCUUUCUUUCUUUUAUCUAUCUAUCUAUCUAUCCAAUUUCCUUCUCAAUCUAUUUUUUUUUCUUUUAUCUAUAUCUGUAACAUUCCUUCUAUCUAUCUACUUAGCUGGAUGUGCCCACUCGCAUAUACAUUCUGCUUUUCAUGUUAGCCUUACACAACCGUAUAAUAUGCCUCCUCUUAUUGUUUCUUUUCGUCCUCCGCUUUACACCUACUUUCUAUCUUUUUCUUUCUUCUUUACCAGUCGUAUAUGUUUUCCCGCCUUCUGCCUGUUUAAUUGUCCGCGCUGUAUAUCGGAGAUUUACCCUUUUCUAUUCUCCUCCUUCAUAGCAUUACGGCUGCAUCAGCCUCGUUCUGAUAAGCUCCUCCUAUUCACAAAUUACUCAUGUCGUUUCUAUCUCUCACGGAUUCAUAAACCUCCAUUCCCAUUAUGA